AUGGAGGGAAGAAGAAGCGUAAGGUGCAACUAUGAGAAGAAAGAAAAGGAAGAAGAAAAAGUGAAAAAUAACGAAAUCGGCUGCUUGAAAUUCAGUCACAAAGUGUAUAAACAUAUGGAUAUAAACAUAUGUAAAUAUUUGUUUACAUCGAUACGCAUGUGUGUUUGUACAUGUUUACAUAUUUUAUAUAGAACAACGGGUAAGAAGGUGGGAGUGGUACCGCAAAUAUUUUUGAAGUGGGCGAUUGAUACACGAAUGUUUGUGUGUUUGCUGAUGCAGACACGAAAUUUGUUCUUCUUCGUUUACAUUCACUUGAAGCGUGUGGAAACAGCUUAUGUGAGGUGGGAUAUGAAAGGGAGAGAAGAAAUGCCUCAUAUAAUUUUGGACCACAGUCGCUGGAUAUAUACACUCACAUACGCGUAUUCCGAUCCUUUGUGUGGCACACACUUUACAAGGUCAAAUUUUCUCACAUGCACAACGAAAGAAACCAUGAGGUGCAGUUGUUUGCCUGUUUUUGUUGUGUUUUUUUUCCGUUUUUUGGCCGCGGUUGUAUAA